UUCUUCCAAAAAUGCAACAGACCAGCGCAGCUGUAUACGGUCGGCCGUCUGAGCAACCUAAUACGGCCUCCAAACAACUAUGCAUUCUUUCUCUCGACGGCGGAGGUGUUAAGGGGUUGUCGUCUUUAGUCAUGUUGAAGCAAGUCAUGGAGUUGAUCGAUCCUGAGGACACACCCAAGCCGUGCGAGUACUUUGACAUGAUUGGUGGUACCUCUACUGGUGGCCUAAUUGCGAUCAUGCUGGGCAGGCUAGAGAUGGGUAUAGACGAGUGCAUCGCAAAGUUCAAGGAGCUAUCGCUAAAAGCUUUUACGAAAAUUCCCCAUCAAGUCACGUUGCAAGGCAAGGUGCAAGGGCGAUUUGAUCAUGAAGCGUUCGCACAGGCGGUACGAGAGCUUUUGAAGGACAAGCAUCUCGACGAGGAUACACUACUCAAGGAUCCAAAACAUCACGAUGGGUGCAGAACAUUUGUCUGCACAGUCAGCGAAGAUGUCAAUGAUACAGUCAUCCUGCCUAGCUACUACACCAAGCGCUGGGGUACCGGCAUGUUGAACACAGCUCGGAUUUGGGAAACCGCUCGCGCAACGUCUGCUGCAACAUCAUUCUUUGAUCCGAUUGAGAUUGCAGGUGAGCGGUUCGUCGAUGGAGCGACGGAAGCCAACAACCCGGUCAAUGAAUUGUGGACGGAAGCUGACAAUUUCUUCCGCGACCCGUCGCAACCCGACUGGAAACUCGAAGACAACUUACAUUGUUUAGUUUCCAUUGGUACUGGAAAGCCCUCGCUGAAACCUUUUGGCAAGAGUGUGGUGGAUAUCGGUCAAACAAUCGUGAGCAACGCGACCAACACGGAAAAGGUUGCCGAGCGAUUUGAGAGACAGCGUGCCUCUCUGUUCGACAAAAACCAGGCUUUUCGAUUCAACGUGAGUGAAGGGCUGGAGAAUGUUGGUCUGGAAGAGGCAGAUCGGCUGGGAGAAAUCACGGCUGCGACGAGGAGAUACAUCGCAAAACAAGAGACGUUGGUGAAGGCGACAGUCUGCGCGGAGGCAUUGAAAGAGCGGCAAAUUCUUGCCCGGAUUUGCAACGAGGCGAGCCGGAUUGCUUCGUUGCAUAGCGCGCGUCCCCAUAAUGAAAAACCAUUAAGUCCAGCCACACUGGAUUACUAUCUGCACACCAAUGCCUUUCGAUCCUGGUCGCAGCAAGAAAAUAAUUUCAUAUGGUGUCAGACCCCUGCCAGCGCGGGCACAAGUGCGCCUCUAGCAGACUCUCUAGCCACACUACUCUCAGGGGAACGCUUCUUGCGAACUGUGAUCAGAUACGCAGUGCCGCGACAACCACCAAAACCGAAAGAAAAACCCAGACAGUUUAAACUGAUCAUUGGGUCUGCGAUGGAAUCUCCACCGAGAAAGCCGAAGGAAUUAGGGCCAUUAAUAACGAUGUUUCGCGGUAUCGUCUCUCGGCUAUUGCUGCAGUGCUCACUACGAGGUGCUAUUUGCUACAUUAAAUCGCGUCAGUUCCAGCAAGUCUGGACACUUUCCACCGAUAUGAGAAUACCGCAGACUGAAAGAUUAGAGGCUUUACUAGAAGCACUUUAUAUCUUGGUAGCCGUACCAACAGAUGAGAAAACGGUGAUAAUGAUUGACCAUAUAGAUAACUUGGUAGAUGACUCCGUAGACGAAUUCGCCAGGAUGGCAAAGAGGAAAAAGCUGUCAGACCACCAAAAUAGAAUCCAAUUCCUAGCUUGUGGGAAUCCGGAGAUGAACCUCAUAUCCCGGCUUCCGAAAGACUGGCAGAUCAACGAGAACACGGAAUAUCAAGAAUGUCUUUCCUCCUUAAAGUUUGAGGAGCUCAACUUCCGACGUAAUCAAAUUAGUACGGCGGCAAAAGGUACGAAUGAAUGGGUUUGGAAACAUAAAUCUUAUUUGGCAUUUAAACGUCAAAAUUCGGGGAUUCUGUGGAUAGAAGGCAAAGCAGGGAGUGGGAAAUCUGUCCUCGCUAAAUCAAUACAGACUCGGCUCUCUCAGUUGCGGGUUUCUACUUCCACGACCAAGCCGGCGUGGUUGAAUUCCAAAUUUGGCGUGGGAGAUUGGUUCUACCACGCGCGGAGAGGCGCCAAAUACAUUGCCCAUCAGUCAUUUAUUCGGUCCGUGUUAUAUCACAUGCUGGAACAAGAUGAUCAGCUAUUUCCACACUUCAGAGGUUUCUACCGAGCCAUGAUGGACGACGGAGCAGCUAGAUGGGACCGUGACGAUCUGGAAAGUAUUUUGACCGCCAUAUGUCGCGCUGGUGAAGAAGCAAUGUUCAUUCUGGACGCUCUCGAUGAGGCCCAGGAUGCUAGUAUCAUCGAGCUGCUGAAGGAACUGGUCGCCUUUCCCCGGUCACGAUUCAGAUUCGUCGUGCUUAGUCGCAGCAAUGCAAAGAUUGAGAUGCAAUUACAUGACACCCAUCGGAUAAGAUUGGAAGAAGAAAACGACGGCGAUGUCUCACGCUAUAUUGACACUCGCCUUGGGGAACUGGAAGAGCGGAUGAAGAAGCCGGAAUUUCAACUAAAAGACAGAUCUGACUCACGCACUAGAGGGACGCAGUUGCGCAGCUUGCAGCUGGAAUCCCGUCCAAUGAGUCCGGGAUUGAAUACCCCCGAACAUCAAGAGCUUGAUAAAAUGCGGAAGUACCUCAAGAGUAACGCACAAAAUACCAUGCUAUGGGUAAAAUUGGUACUGGAUGACCUACAAGAAGUACUCAGCGAUAGCGUGUACACUUUCUACAGUCUACGACAGGUACUUCUCAACUUGCCAAUCAAGUUGACCACAUACUACCAAGACAUACUGAAAAGAUUGGGCUGCGAAGAACAUAACCACAAAGCAAAACUGGUUCGGCGUAUUCUAAUGUGGAUCUCAGGCGCAGGCGAGCUUCAAGCCAUUACUCUCGAGGAGCUCUGGGAUGCAUUGGCCAUUCCCGAAGACUCAUCGAUCUCGACGGAGGAUGAAGAUCCUAUUCGACAUAACCGCAUUCCUGCAACAUCAUUCGAUGAGCUGGGUCGCAAGCUCGCCGAUUAUUGUGGGCCUUUCAUCGAGAUCUUUCCGCCUCCCAGGGAGUUGGGAGCGGACCCUUCGCAUGAGCGUCAUGGCAUGUCCGCUAUCCAGCUCAUGCACCAGACGGUCCAAGAUUUUCUGGCCCGGCCCGAUCUAGCAGGACCAUUGCAUUUCCAUCGUGAGCAAGCCGUUGAGCUGGUACGAAGAGAGUCGAAAAAAUACAUCGAUCUUGUUCUUCCGACAAUACCCUGUGCCACAAGUGCUACAAGCAAUCUUCGAUCGUCGGAUGCAGAAAACAACGGUGAACACACUCCCACGAUUGCAGACACAGUUCUCUGGCUCAAUGAUCGCAAGCUCCUCUCUUUCGUCUUUGCUACGUCUGCAGCAUCCAAGCCGCACAUUCUCGAGCCAUUCUUCAUCCUCUUCGAGACUGAAGCUGUAGAGCUUGUCGACCCAGCCACAGAAAACGAUCAGACAUUGUACGAAGAAAGUCCACAUGCCCAUACAGCGGCAAAACUGUUCCAGAAGGCUUGUAGUGAGGGUCUUGUUGGAGCGGUAUUGAAUCUAACGGCUAUUGCAGCGUUCUUUCGCCCAUGGUGGGAGCAUAAUCGCGAGCGCAUCGGCAUGCAGAUUUCGCAACAUGACAAUCAGUUGGGUACUGGAUUUGGAGGCCAUGCUCUUAGAAUUGGCGGGCCGAGGUAG